CGCAUCUGAUGAGUCUUGAACCGUGAUAAACAAUGUAAAACCGGUAAAAAGUGAUAUUCAAUAGUUAUGGCUGGUAGCAUUCAUGAAGGGCCAGAAUUUGGCAUUGGAGACUUUGUUCUUCUUCAUGAUGUCACGCUCGAGGCCUUCAUGGAUAAUUUAAAACUCAGAUAUGAGAAGAACAGAUUAUAUACAUACAUUGGAGAGGUGGUUGUGUCUGUCAAUCCUUACAAACCUGUGGAUAUAUACAACAAGAACUAUGUUGAUGAGUACAAAGGAAGGGAAAUUUACGAGAGGCCACCACAUAUAUUUGCUCUCGCUGACAGUGCAUAUAAAACGAUGAAAAGAAAAAGUAGAGAUACAUGUAUUGUAAUAUCAGGUGAAAGUGGUUCAGGUAAAACAGAAGCAUCCAAGAUAAUAAUGAGAUAUAUAGCUGCUGUGACCAAUGUUGGUGGCCAGAAAGAAGUUGAAAGGAUAAAUGUAUCAAAAGAAAUUGAGAGGGUGAAAGAUGUUCUGAUCAAGUCAAAUGUGAUAUUGGAAGCAUUUGGAAAUGCCAGAACUAACAGGAAUGAUAACUCCAGUCGUUUUGGGAAGUAUAUGGACAUAAAUUUUGAUUUUAAAGGUGAUCCUGUUGGUGGACAUAUUAAUAAUUAUCUACUAGAAAAGUCAAGGGUUGUACAUCAACAGACUGGAGAGAGAAAUUUUCACUCGUUUUAUCAGCUUAUAUUUGGUGCCAAUGACCAGAAGUUAUCAGAACUGAAAUUAACAAGAGAUCCAAAAAAAUAUUUCUACAUAAACCAAGGUGGUGAACCAAAGUGUGCUACAAUAAAUGACAGGGAAGAUUAUAGAUCUGUAAUGAAUGCCAUGAAGACUAUGGGUUUUGGAUUUGAUCAGGCUGAAGCUUUGUGGAAAAUCUUAUCUGCUGUGUUAAAUCUUGGAAAUACUAGUUAUGAGGCUGUAGAUGAUCAUGACAUGGCUGGAAUUAGUGACAAAAAAUUGCUUAGUAAUAUUGCUCAUCUGUUAUCUGUGACACCAGAUGAAUUACAGAAGGCACUUUGUUCUCGUGUAAUAGCCGCUGGAGGACAGGUUGUAGAGAAAGGUUUAACCGUAUCAGAAGCUAUGUAUGCCAGAGAUGCUUAUGCCAAGGCAACCUAUGAUAGAAUGUUUACAUGGAUUGUACAGAGAAUAAAUGAAGCCAUAGAUCCAAAAGCCAGUGGAAUGAGACUUGUGGGUAAAAACACAGUUAUUGGAGUAUUAGACAUCUAUGGAUUUGAAAUUUUUGACAAUAACAGCUUUGAACAAUUCUGCAUCAACUACUGCAAUGAGAAAUUACAACAAUUGUUUAUAGAACUUGUUCUAAAACAAGAACAAGAGGAGUAUAUGAGAGAAGGGAUCAAAUGGGUUCAUAUAGAAUACUUCAACAACAAAAUCAUCUGUGAUUUAGUAGAACAAGCACAUAAAGGAGUACUGGCAAUACUGGAUGAGGCUUGUCUCAGUGUAGGGAAAGUCACUGAUGAGAUGUUUUUGACAGCCAUGUCACAGAAACUUGCCAAACACGAACAUUUUACAUGUAGAGCUCUCCAGCCAGCUGACAAGACAUUGGAACACAAGAGAGAUUUCAGAAUUAAACAUUAUGCUGGUGAUGUCGUGUACUCAGUAGAAAGUUUUAUAGAUAAGAAUAAAGAUACUUUGUUCCAGGAUUGGAAACGACUUCUGUAUAAUAGCAAAGAACAGGUUCUAAAAGAAAUGUUCCCAGAAGGUAAACAGCACAUCACUGAGACCACUAAGAGACCAAUAACAGCAGGAACAAGCUUCAAAAAUUCUAUCAUAGCAUUAGUAGAUAUUUUAGCUUGUAAGGAACCACAUUAUGUGAGAUGUGUAAAACCAAAUGACCUUAAAUCACCGAGCGUCUUUGAUCAGCAGCGUGUCAAACAUCAAGUUCUUUACCUAGGAUUAUUAGAAAAUGUUCGUGUCAGACGAGCUGGUUUUGCCUACAGAGCUCCUUACUCUAGAUUUUUGCAAAGAUAUAAGUGCCUGACAAGUCAUACAUGGCCAACAUUCCGCGGAAAUGAAAUAGAUGGAGUUAAAACCAUUAUCAGAACAUUGAAUUAUGAAAAUGAUGUAGCUUAUGGAAAAUCCAAAGUUUUCAUUAGAUCACCACAGACCCUGUUUCAGUUAGAAGAGGCCAGAGACAAGAUGUUGCCAGGGAUUAUAGUUUUCUUACAAAAGAUGUGGAGAGGAGGUCUUGCCAGACGGAAAGCCAAAUUUAUGAAAGCUAUUUAUUUCAUCAUGAAUAAGUUUAGGAAGUACAAAUUGAGACAGUACAUUUUGAAUUUAGUUGAAAAGUUCAGAAAUGUGAAGAGAAUGAAGGAUUAUGGGAAGAGUGUUGUGUGGCCAAACCCACCAAGUGUGCUAGAAGGAAUGGUCAAAAUGUUACAAGUAGUUCAUCACAGAUGGCGAGCAAACAUGAUCCUUAAAGGUCAUCCAAAGUCAGAGUGGCCAGAAUUACGGUUAAAGACAGUGGCACAAGAUUUAUUGAAAGGUCAGAGGCCAGAGUGGGGUUACAGAAGAAAAUGGGAAGGCAAUUACCUCGCCCAAGAAUCAGCUGAGGUAAAGAGUAAAGAUAACAGUAAUACCAUGGAUUUUGUUGUCAAAAUGAACCAUUUAAAGACGCAAGAUAAAUUUACCAAAAUAAUCUUCUCCUGUAUGGUUAAAAAGAUUAAUAAGCACAGUAAGCCAGCUGAUAGAUCCAUUGCUGUCACAGACAAAUUCAUUUACAAGUUGGAUCCAAAGAAGAAAUUCAAACCCAUGAGGAAAGGAAUACCAGUAUCUGAGGUAACAGGUCUGAGUGUUUCACCUGGUAAAGAUCAGUUAGUAGCCAUACAUCUCUCAUCAGAGAAUGAUCUGGUAGUCUGUCUUCAGAAUCCUAGCAAGGAGGAGAGAGUUGGAGAAUUUAUAGGUACCCUAGGCAGACAGUGGCAAUUAUUUAGCAAAGAAUUGAAGGUUCAGACAUUAAAACCAAUACCUUGUAUGCUGGGUGGGAAGAGACGAACAAUUAGUGUACGUCCCACAGCUAACAAUGGUGGUCCAACAUUCCAGAAAGAUGGCGUAGACAUUGCUUUAUUGUGGCCAGAAUCUGGAUGAACACUGUAGAAAUCAGAUUUUAUUUUGUUGUACUGAAUGUUCCUAUUGCUAUGCAUAGUGGUGCAAAGAAUAAGAAUAUGUAUUCUCAAUCAUUAUAAAGUGGGUACAUUUAGUAGAGAUAUAUAAUUCAAAAAUUGCUUCAGUAAAGUUUAGUUUGAAAAAAUCAAUUAAAAAGCAACUUUUAGUCUUAAAUAUAUGCUUAUGAAAGUUUUCAGGUACAAGGUCAAGAAAAUAAAUAUUACAUACAUUUUUUUUUUGUCAUUUUAAUUUUAAUUUUAUGUUUAUGUAUUUUUCUGGAAGGCCAAAGUUAAUACAUUGGAAUUAUUCUUAUUUUCAUGUACAAUACAGAGCAGAUGGUAGAGGAUAAUUCUAAACAUUUUAAGAAGUAGAGUUUAUAUAUGUAUAUAUCCACAUAAAUCAUAAUUAAACCAUUAACAUAUGUGUUCAAACUAAGUGUAGAUCUGAUUUAUGUUUUGGAAUUGCUCUCUGCCAGAACCAUAUACGUAGUUAAAUUUUGAAAAAAACAUAUUUUACAAAAACAUUUUUUCAGCAGCAAUCUGCUGGAGGGCUGAAAGUCAUAGAUAAUAAGUUAUUAUUUUUUUUUCAUGGAAUGUUUUAACUCAAUAUAGAUACAUCUAUUAUGAAAGUAGACAUUAUCAAUACAGUCUGUAUUUUUUAUAGACAUAGAAACUGUAAUCUUGGUAACAAAGAUCUUACCCUAACAUCAUAGCAGGUUAUUCAUUAUUGCAAUUAUAUGCAUGUAAUCUAACAUAAAGGAAUCAGUUGAAAACUUGAAAAAGUAUAGCAACUUUGAGAUCAUUCCAGAACACAAAAAGUCAAAUGUAUUUUUAUGAAUGUGAUAUUGUUGAUAUUGAAACAUAUGUUGCCUAUCAUUAUAUUUUUGUAUUUUAUUAUAAAUUCUAUUUUAUUUGUGCCUUUACGUCAAAGUGCUUUAUCUUAUUCUAAUAAAAAAUGUAAAGUUCAUUGUUUCAAGCAGUCUCAGACUUACAAUAUCAAGAAUUAUCAGUCGUAAAUAUGUUUUUUGUUAUUCGUACAAGUGAUUAUAAAAGCAAGUUUUCAUUUUGUAGCCAUAUAUUUUGAAGGAGUUUAAACAGUGUCCUAUCAAUGAUUAUUAGCUUCCAUUUGACUUUGAUGAUUCUUUUGAUUUGUUGUUCCAGAGUUAUUGGACUUUAUCAGAUUAUAAAAAAUGGUCGAUGUGCUGUACAUAAGGUCUAGCUUUCUUACAAUUUAUCUAAUCACAUUUAAAUGCAAUAAUACAGCUAAUAAAAAAAACUGUUAAAUUUGGUACAAUUUUUCAGUAGAUUAUUCUUGAAAAAAAACAACACUUUAGUGGUUGAAAAAUGAGGGACAGCAUAUCAUGGUCAUGUGGCAAAGCAUUUUUUUUUUUUUUAUUUAGAAAAGUUCCCCUUAUAGAAUAGAUAAUUUUGAGAGAAAAUUAUAUAGUUUGCAAGCUUUGUACAGGCAGCAUUAAAGUGGUAAAGUUUUUUUUGUUAUUGUUGAAAAACUAGUCAAUGUGAAGAUUCUGAUCAAAAGUCAUUAUAUAUCUUUGCAAGUAUCAACAGGCCUGUUUAUGAAAGAAAAUGGGUAAUGACAUCGAGAGCCUAUUAGCUUGGUGAUUUUCUUACAGAUUUCACAACAUUUUUAGGCCUCAUUCCCAAACAUUAAGAUUUUUCUUAAUGUUUAGAGUCUGAUGUAUUUUAAAGGCAAUACAAUUGAUGUCAUACUGUUUCCAUUGUGAAGUAUAAUCGUCUUUGUAUUAAAUAAGCAAUAUUUAUUCACAAACUGCUGCCAUAUGAACAAACUUUUAUGAAUACCUAAUGAUUUUUUAGAUGAAUAUGAAGCUUACCUUAUGCAGACUAAAAAACUUCCUAAUAUAAUAUCAGAUUUAUCUUAUUUAUAACUUGUGUUCGAACAUUUCAGAAAGUUGUAAUGUAAAAACAUUCAUUUAUUGCAUUAAAAAUGUUUUGAUUGACCACAUUGAACCUUUCAAACUUAUUUUCAAGGACUGAAAAGAUUAUUUUUAAGAAAAUAUCAUUUGAUAUAAUUUACUUAAGUGCUAGUCAUUUAAUUAAAUCAAAUGGUCACAUGUUAUUUAAGACAGAGAUCAGGAACAUUUUUUUAAUAUAUGUACAUAUAUUCUGUUAUUUUAUUAACUUGUUGAUAUUUGUUUUGUUAACAUCUGUGUGUCAAAUGUAUUUAUGUAGCAAACUACUAAAAGAUUUAAUAUGAUAGGACCUGAUAUUAAUACUUUUGUUUCUGUAGCUUCUAAUCAUUAUGUGAACACUUUCACAGAACACUAAUAUUUUUAUUGAUAGACCAACAGUGGGGUGUGAUUAUAUAUGUUUAUUUAUUCACUCUUUAUUUGUCCAUACUUCUCAGAGGGGGCUUAGAAACCAAUGACAAACAUUUCAUACUUUUCAGAGAGGGCAAUGAAACUAGAACCAAUGAAAAAAGGUUAUCCAUCUUCAUGGUGGCAUUAAACCAAAAAUUUUAAUACCAACUUUUAAUAAAAAGCCACUUAUACCUAUUCACCUCAUUAGUUCUAUUGUAAUAAAGAAGGUUUUGUGUGCCAUCAUUUUGUCCAUAUAACUUUAUUACUAGCCUUACAGUUUAUUAAUUUUUAUUUUAUUUUUUUUUUUUUUCCAUCCUUAUUGCUUAUGUGUCACACCUUACAUUUUAUCAUCUUUUUCUUUAGAUAUUAAUUUUCCAUUAUUACAUAUUACUUAAGUGCCACAUCUCAAAAACUGGUUAUCAGUUUCUAAGGUGAAAAAGUAUCUUUCAGGUAUCAUUAUAUAUUGUGGUUAAUUAUACAUAUAUUUAUAUAUUAAAGUAUAUAGUUCACUUGUAUAAUCCUUGUAAUACUAACGUAUAUAGCAAUAUAGUAAAAUAUACUAAACAGCCAUCUUUGGAUGCUCCCUUAAUAUUUAAAGCCUGGUGAUAACACAUGUUUUAUUUGAAGAACUGUUUUUGUUUUGAAGAAUGAAUCAGAUAAAAACAAAAGGAAAAUAGAAAUUCUUUUGUUCUAGAGCCUCCCGUGUAUUCAGGUUUUAUACUUCCUUGUCUUAAGAAUUUUAGGGUUUGAGUGUUACUGAUAAAGUUAAAUUAAGAAAAGCACUUUCUAAGCACCGAAGUAAUAAAGUGUUUUUUUUCAUCAUUUUCAUUAACUAAAGGAUGAUUUCUUUGAGAAUCCUGGACUUAAGCAGAAAGAGUCAAUAAUACAUUGUACCAGUGAGAAUAAAAAAAGAAGUUUAUUUGAUAGCAGGACAAAUUAAUACUAUUUUAAUGAAACAAAUUGACCUUUUAUAGAUAAAAAAAAAUGUCUUCAUUCAGAAGAAGCUUAGUUUUUUUCAUAUUCAUACCGGAUAAUAUAAGUUUUGCAUAUAAUAUAAUUUCAUGGUUUUUUUUUUCAUCAAAUACAUAUUUAAGUACAUUCUAAAGAACUUCCUUACAUGCAUCAUGAAAUUGAGUUGUAUAAUGAAAAAAGCAGGUUAUAAAGUUCGUGCUUCAGAAUGACUUUCAUAAGGAGUGCUCAAACCUACACAUCUGAAAGCCAGGGAUGUAUAAAUACUUAGAAACAUGAGGAUCUUUAUGAUCAUAAGGGACCUAAAAGAAAACAGUGACUUCUAUUUCAACUAUGAUAAAUUCAUUUUUAAUUUGUGCUAAUUACUUAUAUAAAUUUUUUUUUUUUACUUAAGAGUUUAUUUGAAUUAUAUAUUUGUCAAUUGUGAUAAUUUCUGCUCAUUUACAGAUAGAAAUCCACAGGUUUACACCCAUUUUUAAAUGUCUCCACCAUUAACACUCUUAUCUUUCCUACAUAGUAAUAAAGUAGAAUAUAUCAUCACCCUUUGAGAAGAUUAUGACGGUGACUGGUUAUUAUCUACAUGUGUUGAUAACAGUUCUUUGUGAUUUUUAUACUAUUUGAUAUAUAUUGAUGGUUAUGGGGAAUAUUUGGUGCAUAGAUAUUUUCAUUCAUGACAAUUAAUAGGGAAGGUUAAGAAAUAUUUUUAUUGAAGUUAUUUUUAAAUGUAAAAUAAGAUAUUGUGUAAUUUAUCUCUUCAUGACAUGGUUAAAAGGCUUAAUUCUUGGAAAAAAAUGCUGUUAAAAAUAUGAAGUUUUUAGUUAGAUUGUUUCUGCUGUCAAAAAGUUGCUUGCUUGCUGGUAUUUAUAUUGUAGCACAAUUAUCUUAAAUAAUAUGACAAAUCUUCUGAUUAUACCUGGUAUAUAGAUUGCUGAACCAAGUUUUGUUGUUAUUCCUUUUUGAAUGUAGAUCAUAUAGUUCUAACUUUUACCCAGUUUUCCUAGUCAAAGGACUUGACUAAGUAACAAUCACCAAAUUAUUAAUCUGAAAGUAUGGUUUAUUUUUUAUUGGUUUAUUGUAACAUAUUGUCAGAUCAAAUAGUUAAUCCAUUAAUUUUGAAGUAAUAUUGAUAUGAAUUGUCUCCCUUUAAGUUAUUAUAAUGAAGCAGUAAAUGAUUUGCAUGGGGUAAUUUUAUCCAGGUUUUAGAUCUGAUUAUCUUCCUGAUAGUACAAUUUCUUUUUGAGGCAUGGGAUGUUUUUUUUUAUGCUAGGAGUUAUGGUUUAUGCUUUCUUUACAUAAUUAUAUUUUAUUGUUUUUUGUAAGAUUAUAUGGUAUAUAUUUAUAUGUAUAUAUUAUUAUACAUAUUUGAAAUGGCUAUGAAUAAACUAUUUCAUACA